UGGUCUCCGUCUUCCGUCAUUAGUGUCAGUUUGUGUAUAUAAUUUCUGUUAUUUCUAUUGUAAUUUGGAAUUCUUUGUAAUUCUUUCCAUUUUUUGUUUUGUAUAAUACCUAUCUAUAAUGGUAAUUGAUAACAAGCGAAAAGCUGAAGAUUCAGCGAUAGUAGCUGUACAGAAAAGGCCGAGAAAUGAAGUGGGUAUUACAAACAAAAACAAACAAGUUAGUCAACUUCAACCGGCCCCAGCAAGAACUUCUAAUCUAUUUGCUCCAAUUAUGGUAUGCGAAGGCCACGAAGGAGAAAUAUUUACAGUCGAUUUUCACCCUGAAGGGCAAUAUUUUGCUACCUCUGGUUUCGAUCGCAAAAUAUUUUUAUGGAAUGUGUAUGGGGAGUGUGAAAACAUUUCUGUUAUGGCUGGGCAUACAGGGGCAGUAAUGGAACUUCAUUUUACUCCUGAUGGUUCGAAUAUUAUUACUGCCUCAACAGAUUACACUUUAGGACUUUGGGAUAUUGUUACUGGUGACAGAAUUAGGAAGUAUAAAGGUCACAACACAUUUGUAAACUGUGUGCAGGGUGCAAGAAGAGGACCCCAAUUAAUGGUUUCAGGUGGAGAUGAUAGCACAGUUAGAGUUUGGGACCAAAGAAAGAAACAGCCUUCAAUGUCUAUGAAUAGUGUCUAUCAAACAACAGCAGUUAGUUUUAAUGAUACUGCAGAACAAGUAUUCAGUGGAGGCAUAGAUAAUGAUAUAAAGGUAUGGGAUAUUAGAAAAAAAGAAAUACUUUACGUGAUGAAAGGGCAUACGGAUACUAUCACAGGCCUAUCAUUAAGUGCUGAUGGAUCCUAUAUGUUAAGUAAUUCCAUGGACAAUACUUUAAGGAUAUGGGAUGUUCGACCUUUUGCUCCUGUUGAGAGAUGUGUUAAAGUUUUUAGCGGGCAUCAACAUAACUUUGAGAAGAAUUUAUUACGCUGUGCAUGGUCUCCAGAUGGCAAUAAGGUUACUGGAGGAUCAGCAGAUAGAUUUGUUUAUAUUUGGGAUACCACUUCACGCAGAAUAAUAUAUAAAUUACCAGGGCAUACAGGAUGUGUAAAUAGUGUUGCAUUUCAUCCUAAUGAGCCUAUAGUUGUAUCAGUGGGAAGUGACAAAUCAAUUUAUCUUGGUGAAAUAGAGUAGGAACCAUGAACUAUUUAUACAUAUUUAACUACUAAUAUUUUUUUAAAUAAAUAAUACAAUUAAGCAACAAA